AUGUCGCGACCCUACUUCGACCGCACCGCCGAGUUCCGCUCAGCAGUCGAGUCGGCCGCUUUCCGCGCCGCCUCGUCCUCAUCCGGCGCGCCUCUCCUCCUGAAUGGCUCGAACGCACAGGGCGCAGCGGGCGGGAAGGGCAGGAACGCGCAGAGGAGCGAGUUUGCGAGGAUGGCGGCCAAGAUUGGAAAGGAUAUCCAGGCGACGACGGGCAAGCUCGAGAAGCUCGCGCAACUCGCGAAGCGGAAGACGCUCUUCGACGACCGACCUGUCGAGAUUAGCGAGCUCACAUACAUCAUCAAGCAAGACAUCGCCGCGCUCAACCAACAAAUCGCCCAGCUUCAAGCCUUCACACAGUCCAACCUGAACGCGGGAGCGGGCGGGAAGCAGGUGUCGGAGCACAACAAGAACGUUGUCACGAUGCUGCAGACGAAGCUUGCGGACACGACGAUCGGAUUCAAGGAUGUUCUCGAGAUCCGGACUCAGAACAUGAAGGCGUCGCGCGACCGAACAGAGCAGUUUACGUACUCUGGCGCCUCGAACCCUCGCAACGCUCCUCCUUCAGACUCUCCACUCUAUCGUCCGCCAUCGUCCAUGGGCGGUUCCAGCAUCCUCGACUCGCAAGGAAAGGGCAAGGGCAAGGCGCCGGCGGGCAACUCGGACUUCCUCGCUCUCGAUCUCGGCACGCCAACCGACAGCCAGCUCGGUGCCGCAGAAGGCGGGUACAUGCAGAUGGAGCUGGCGCAGCAGCAGGGCGACGACCAGUACCUCUCGUCGAGGAGCAGCGCGAUCGAGACGAUCGAGAGCACCGUCGCCGAGCUGGGACAGAUCUUUUCGCAGCUUGCACACAUGGUUGCGAUACAGGGCGAGCAGGUGACGAGGAUCGACGCGGACACGGAGGAGAUUGCGACGAACAUCUCGGGUGCCCAGUCCGAGCUCCUGCGGUACUACGCCAAUGUCUCGUCGAACCGCAAGCUCAUGCUCAAGAUUUUUGGCGCCAUUCUCGUCUUCUUCCUGUUGUUCGUGCUCGUGUCGUAG